GGGUUUCCACUUGCCAUGUACCGUGGUGGAAUAUUUGAUAAGAUUAGAUACCAGACUAUUUCCGUUCUGAGACCCAAGGUGCUAGAUCGUCUUGUCGCGCCUGCUGGUGCUGGUGCUGGGAAGCGUGCCACAGUGGCGGUGUUGCUUCGGCAUGCAGUGCCAUCCCUCAGCAAUAUCCACCUCUCUUUUAUCUCCCGCCAUAACACACACACUUGUGAGCACCAUGAUGCCUGUUCUCACGCUGGUGCUGCUGGCGGUGAGCGUGGAGAAGGCUGGGGCGGCAGGGCAGGCGGCGGGUGGGCCGUGCCUCGAGUACCUGGCGUGUUACCACGAACAGUACCUGGACCACAAUCACAUGGAGAUCCUGCACUACGACGUGUCUCAUCGCACCGCCUCGUCUUGUCUUCCGUUGUGCCUGGAGGCGCGGCCCACCAGCCAGGUCGUCAUGGCAAAGAUAGUGGAGCUUAAUGAGCGGCUUGUGUGCGGCUGUGGCGAGAACCAAGCGUUAGGCAACGGGACCGGCAGCAUGCUGGACUGGGUCGGCUGUGAUCGUUGCCCCGAGGGAGAGGAGAAAAAUGAGAAAUGCGGCGGCCGAAUGACCAUCAGCGUGUACCGCGUCGAGCACAGCGGGGAGUGCCGGGCAGGCCUGCACCCGGGGCCGCCUAUCUCUACUCCCUCCACCACCACCACCACCACCACCACCACCAGCACCACCACCACCACCACCUCUACAACAACGAUGCCAGACUCCAGUCAGACUCAGAAAGGGACAAAAACGACGUCUAAACUGAAGUUCCUGGGUUGCAUGAAGACAGAUUUGGUCAAGCAUUCGGUGUCGUGGUCCUUCCUUCCCCGCACAAGCCCCGAGGCUGACCAGUGCUUCGCCACAUGCACGCCCACACGCCCGCGGAAGUACAUCUUCUUGAGGAUCAUUCGAAACAAAAUCUUCUGUGGCUGUGGGGCAUCAGAGCACAUCAGCGGCCCCGUCAGUGAGACAGAAUGUGGGAGCGCCCCUGACCCUCACCUCGGGAGUGACAAGGCCUUCGCUGUGUACAAGGCGGGCGCUGCGCGGUGCCCUCUGUCCCCCUUUCUGUACUUGGCGGCGGCGGCGGCCACUGAUGACGCUGGUGGUGCAUUAGUGUGUGUGCUGAUAUGUCAAGCUUUCAGGUGAGGGAAGUGAAUUCUUAGCAGGUGGAGGAGAUGGAAGUUAACGUUGCUGUGACUGGAGCUGUGUACUGUAAACCUUGCUCUUUUGUUACCACUACUACUACUACUACUACUACUACUACUACUACUACUACUAUUGCUACUUUAUUUCGUAAGUUUAUUCUCUCCAUCGGUCGACUAUAUUAAAAUGUAUAUAAAUAUUAAUGAUAAUUA